GAAAACAGUGACACUACACAGGAAAACUCCUCAGACAGCAUAGACAUGUCUCUGAAAGACUCCACAGAACUCCCUUUGAUGUCCAAGGUUCCCAGUGGCAAAGUGACCUGUCCAAUUUGUCAGCAGCUGAAUCUCACAGAAUGUAUUGAAGCCCGUGCAAGCUUCUGUGGUGAAAGGUAUUUCUCCAAUGUCCCCUGUUCUUACAAAAGAGAAUUUUCCAACAUUGGAAAGCUUUUUUUUUGCUGUGUUUUAUAUCCUAAUAUGACUAAACCUUGCCACGUGUGUUCCUAUAGAGCUUCUAUGGCCAUCAGCUUAGUUUCCGCUGACGAGGACACUGAUGGUACAGAGAUAUGCCCAAAACGGCGCCGACACCAAAACAUUGAAAGCAUUGCUGACAUCAUCCAAAGCAUAGCUGACAAGGUGGAUGCAGCAACAACCUUCAACAUCUGCGUUACGAGGGACCAGAUGCUGGAAAGAGGCAUGAAACUGUGGCAACGACAAAAUAAAUCUUCCCCCAAAAACCUUCUUACAGUUUCAUUCAUAGGAGAGGCUGGCAUUGACAGUGGUGCCCUGAGGAAGGAAUUUUUAACUGAAAUGCUGGCAGGGAUCGAGAGGAGGUUUUUUGAGGGGGGCAUUGAUGGCAAAGUACCAAAGUACUCAAUGACCGACUUUGAAAAAUACAACUUCAAGUAGGUUGUAAAAAAAGGCAGAUGAAGUGAAACUAUAGCAAUGCUUUUCUUUACACUCUCUCAUGCACACAGAUACUCAUGUUAUGAGAAGUAUAUUGUAUCAAAAAUAUUAACAUUAAUUGUUGUUAUUUUAAACAUCUUUCAGAUUACAUUGCUCGAAUUCAAAAAACACUUUACUACACAAAUAUUAGGCCCAAUGCGC